AUUUCUACUAAAUUAAUUCAGAUUGCGGUUAAUAAAACUAAAAUGUCGGGAAACGUGGACACGCCUGAAGGAGGCAUCGACGCGCUGAUGCAGGCCAUGGUUUGCGAAACCGAAAUUGGUUGGAGAAACGAAUCUCUAAAGAUGAUUAUUUUCUCCACGGACGCCAUUUCGCAUUUUUCCGGUAGCGGACGGCUUGGCGGGGUAAUUGAACCGAACGAUGAGUUGUGCCACAUGGAAAAUAAUAAAUACACGCACGGCCUCCUCCUCGAUUACCCAAGCGUGGCUCAGAUCAGCAAUAAUGCGCGCAAACUUAAGAUGAACGUGAUCUUUGCCGUAACCGGAAACGUAAAAACAAAUUAUGAGAUGCUCAAGGAAGCAAUUUACAACUCGCAAACGGCCAUUCUCAAAGGAGAUUCUUCAAACGUGGUUGAACUGAUCAAGGAGCAAUACGACAAAUUGACUCAAGACGUAAUAAUGGACUAUCCAAAAAGCGAGGACUUUGUAAUUAAGAUGUCCAGUAAUUGCAAAGGCGGCAAAAAGUUGAAAGAGACCAAUAAGUGCUCUGUGAAGAAGAAAGGCGACACUAUCACAUUCAACGUCCAGCUGGAGGUGAAGCAAUGUCCAGCAAGUAAAACCCAAAAAAUCUACAUUUCCCCCAGUUCAAUCAACGAACGGCUUGAAAUUGAGUUGGAGGUGGACUGCGAAUGCGACUGUGAAAAGCAGGGACAUUUCUUGCAAGCAGACGCAAGUUGUUCCAACCACGGAGACCUUAAGUGUGGUGCCUGCCAGUGCCACGAAAACUUUGGCGGACCCAACUGCGGUUGCAACAUAACGGAAACGUACAAAGAAGAAAAUAAUUCCGUGUGCGAGCGAAACGGCGAAAUUUGUUCUAGCCGGGGAGAAUGCAAAUGCGGCGCUUGUCUCUGCUCCAAUCCUAUGCGAUACAGCGGCCAAUUCUGCCAUUGCGACAACAAGAAAUGCGCCGAUGGGCCCAAUGGCAAAGUCUGCUCAGGUCCCACUCAGGGCAGGUGUGACUGUGAAGGGUGCGUUUGUUUCGAGGGGUGGAAAAGCAAGCCUGACUGCAGUUGCUCGGACAAUACGAGUUCCUGCGUGCCGCCAACCGGGGGCCUGGAGUGCUCAGGACACGGAGAUUGCGUGUGCGGCGAGUGUGUCUGCAAAAUUGAACAGGGAAAGGGAAAGUUCUUUGGAGAAUUUUGCGAGGAUUGCUCGACGUGCCAGGAUAAAUGCGACGACCUGAAACCUUUUGUGCAAUGUCAGCUCCUGAACGAGGAAGGAGAGCAAUUGGGAAUCCCUGCCCAGUGCCAAAAUUACACUUUGCUGAAAGUAGAUGAUGUGAAUGGUAUGAGUUUGGCUGAAAACUUUAAGCAACAUCUGCAUCCGGAGGAUGGCGAAAAAAGAGCAAACGACGUUUUGGAGCCCCUUCCCGACGCCGAGGCUUUUUCCAAUUCUCGAAAAUGCAGUUACUACGUUCAGGGCUGCACUUACUACUACAAAUACCUGACGCGGCAAGACAAGAGCACAUAUGUUUUUCUGGAUAUGAACAAGAAAUGUCCGGAACCGGCCGAUGUUAGGGGCGUUGUCAUUGGAUUGGUUGGGGCCAUUUUGCUGGCCGGAAUCGUGAUGCUCAUGACUUGGAAAGUAGCCACCACAAUUCACGACCGAAAAGAGUUCAGGAAAUUCGAGAAGGAGCGACAAUUUGCGAUGUUGGACGCGGGUCACAACCCUCUGUACAAAGAUCCUGCGUCCACAUUCCAAAAUCCGACUUUCAACUCUUAGAAUCUUCAAUAGGUUUUCACUAUUCAUGUAUUUUUUGUGUUGCAAUAAAUUUAACGCAUUUC